CGUCCAGUUCGAUCGGCAACGGGAGCGGAGAAAGGAACGCUGAGAGCCCGAAGGCAGCAGCCCCACCACCGCCGGCCCAGGUUACCAUCACGCACCGGGAAAACACGCUAGAGAGCCACCGCCGGCACAAGUGUAACGUAACCCACCGAAACCACCAUGAGCAACGAGGCCGAAACACAGCAGCAGCCGCAGCAGCCCGCCGCCGCGGAGAGCCCGUCCAGCCCGGCAGCCGCAGCUACCGCGGGGGAUAAGAAGGUCAUCGCAACAAAGGUGUUGGGAACAGUGAAGUGGUUUAACGUGAGGAACGGCUACGGUUUCAUCAACAGGAAUGACACAAAGGAAGAUGUCUUUGUACACCAGACCGCCAUAAAGAAAAACAACCCAAGGAAGUACCUGCGCAGCGUUGGAGACGGAGAGACAGUGGAGUUUGAUGUGGUCGAAGGGGAGAAGGGUGCAGAAGCAGCCAACGUCACAGGCCCAGGGGGGGUCCCAGUCCAGGGUAGCAAAUACGCAGCAGACCGCAACCGCUACAGACGCUACCCUCGCCGCCGCGGGCCUCCCCGCAACUACCAGCAGAACUACCAGAGCGACGGGGAAGGCGAGGGGGGGGAGAAGAGAGAAGGGGGCGAGAACGUGCCCGAAGGAGAUGUGCAAGCUCAGCAGCGCCGGCCCUCCUUCCCUCGGCGCCGCUACCCCCCUUACUUUGUCCGCCGGCGCUACGGCCGCCGCCCCCCCUACACCAACACACCCCCGCGAGGAGAGAUGACCGAGGGUGGUGAAGGCGAUGAAAUCCAGGGUGGUGCAGACCAGGGCAAUAAACCAAUGAGGCAGAACUACUACAGAGGCUACCGCCCAAGGUUCAGGCCAAGGGGUCCACCCCGUCCCAGACCACCACGGGAGGGGUCCGGUGAGGAGGACAAGGAGAACCAGGGCGACGGAUCUCAGGGCCAGGAAGCCCGCCCCCGCCGGUACCGCCGCAACUUCAACUACCGCCGCAGACGCCCGCAGAACCCCAAACCUCAAGAUGGCAAAGAGAACAAGGCAGCCGAGCCACCAGCUGAGAAAACGUCCGCUCCCGAGGCCGAGCAGGGCGGGGCUGAGUAAAGACCGGCUUACCAUCUCGACCAUCGUCCGGUUUUGUCAACAUGAAGAAACAUCAAAAU